AUGUCUGAUUAUUACACCACCUCUGAAGAAGAAUUUGAUCCUAAUGAUGAUUUUAUUUCUGGAGAAGAGAAAGUUGAUUCACCUAAUAGUGUAGUAAACAGAGAAAAUAUUACCACCAUUGUAUUGCCACCACAAGAAGUCUUAUCAGACGGUUUGAGUGUAAAUCACAGUAAAAAUAAAACAUCGCCCGUAUGGAAUUUUAUGAGUGAGCAAAUGGAAGGAGAUAAGGUUAUUGCGAGGAUAUGUGGAAAAUGCGAGCAAAAAUUUAGCCCUACAACAACUACUGGAGUUUUAGGUAACCAUCUCAGUAAUAAGCAUGGUAUAGAACUUGUCCUGAAGAGAAAUAGCUUAAUCCAAAGACCCUAUGGUAAAGGAGAUGUUCGAUGCAAGAAAGAGUGUUUCGAUGCUGUUUUGAAUCUUGUAGUUUGCUGUCAGCUUCCAUUUGCGAUCAUUGAAAAUUCCUGGUUUCAACAAAUGGUAACCAUAUUUGAUCCAAGGUAUAAACUCCCAUCACGUCAGUAUAUAAAGAAAGAGAUAAUGCAUUGGUUUAAAACUCGAUAUGAGCUUGUUGCUAAAGAACUCGGAAGUCUCACCAAAGUGGUAGAUAAUAUGGUUGAAUUGUUAGAACCUAUGCUCGUCGCAACAGAAUUACUAUCAUCAAGCUCAUAUCCAGCUAUCUCUAAUAUCUGUUUAACCUUUUUAGAACUUCUUCUCCAUCUUAAUAAAUUUUUAGAUAACGAAUCAUACUUGACAGAGCAGUAUAUGAUGGCAGAUUCUAUUAAGUCUAAGUUAAAUGAAUACUGGUCUAUGCUUGAAGAAUCAACUACAAUUGCAACAAUUCUUGACCCCUCAUUCAAGCUUAGGACUUUUUCCGCUAGUGAUAAAGAUGCUGCUCUUGCUAGUCUACGAAGCACAAUGACUCACUAUAAAUCACAAGUCCCAGCAACAACAACUACAUCCACUUCUACCUCUAUCUCUAAACUGCCAUCUAAAAAUAAAAAAAAAUUUUUUGAAUCAUUAUUAACACAACAGCAAACAAUUGAGCAACCUUUGAUGGAGGAACUAGAGCAUUAUCUAAUAAAAAAUAUCCAUACAAGUGUAAAAAGUCUUAUAACUAGCAAAGUUACUCUUAAAGAUCCUAAACGAAAAUUUUGA